AUGGCUUCAGAUAUACCCAUGUCUGCCACUGAAUUAGAAGCGGGAGGGCUCUAUAUUAUGCUGUCUCUCCGAAGCCAUCCACCCAUCCCCAACGACUUCCACUGGGCCUUUUACUUUCACCGCGGCUCCGAUGAUGGAAUCAAAUAUCACGUCAGACAACAGGGGAAUAGUGGAUGGAUGGCAGACCACGGGUCAACAGCUGGUGUGAUGAAGACCUUCUUACUCGUCGGUUUGUUCAGGAUCAGCGAUGUCCCUCCAGCACUUCGGGAGAGCAUAGAUGGCAUUAUGAGGACAUAUGACAACAGGCUUAAUGUUCCAGGGGUCAUUUGCACUUGUCGAAUAUGGCUGCUCUGGAUUCUUGCCCUCUUACAAAGACAGGUUGCGGGAGCAAGAAUUCUUAACUGUGACGAUUUACAGGUUCUUGAGAGCGAGGUCAAGGCAUGGGGAAAUGAGAAUGCUCUGAGUGCAUCGAACAACGAGCAACCAAGGCCGAUUGCUGCAUCAUCCUUGUGUGGGCUGUAG